AUGGUGGCUGCUGGUGUGCAAACGAAUGGAUACACGAUUGGCCCACGAAGACUAACGAAAUCAUUCUCAGAAGUAGGUGGUGAUAGAUUAACUGGUCGAGACACUCAAAGUGAAAUUCCAUUAACAGUCGAAAGUUUCAUAGGCAACGAUCACGAAAAGUUACAUAGAACCCAAUCAGAAGAGCCACCUAGAUCUCCUCGUUCUCCUACUAGAGCUGAACCCAGUUCACCGCAUCUUCAAAGAGGUGAUUCAGACGAUGUCACUUCGUCAUCAAUGAAAUCUGUGGCUUCGUCACAAAUCGACAAAUCAUCUGAGCUGAGUGCAUUACAGAGGCAAGCUCAGGAAUACUUUCAGCAAAACUUCCAAUUUAUACACGAAAGUGACAGAGACGACACUAUAGAUGACGAUAUAGAAACUUUAGAAAAAAGCAUGUCUUUGAAUAGAAGGAACCUGGAGUAUUUACAGCAGGAGAUCGCUAAGCAGAAUAAAGCUGAAAAAUCUUUGAGAUCGAUUUUGUCUAAAAGCACAAGUGAUGCAUCGCAAAAAACAGCGAAUUCGACGCAUCCAUUUUCAAAGGCAUCAACGUUCCAAUCGGAAUUAUCAACUGAGACAUCAGCAACGACCACAGAUGAUAGCGAAAAAAAUGAAAAGGAGAUCAUUAUAGAUUUCGAGCCGCGACCAGAUGAUGAAGCUAUACCAUUUACAACUCUACGUAGAAAAAAUAAAAGAAUUUUACAAAAGACAAUGUCAGAGGGAGAGAUUCUUUUAGAUGUCGGGGAAGGAGCCAAAGAUGCUCCCUUAGUAAUGUCAACAAGUCAGGAAAACAUGACCAGAGAAGAUCGCGAGCGUGAGGCUGUAUAUCGGCAAUACAUAAGUCAGGAUUACAACCAAACUCCCAUCAAAGAUGAGGGCAUCUUCGGUUUUGAACCUGAUGGUUCAUUUAGUUCUUCAGAUGGAAAUGCACCAUAUGAAGAUUUUCACGAAAAAUAUAUUAGUUACAAGCAUGAACCAUUUAGAAACAGGAGUGUGAGUUUUGAAGAUAAGCCUGAAAUCAUUAGUAAGAAGGACGACAUUCUUGAGAACAGCACUGCUAAGUCCAGUCCAGGAUCACCGGAACCUAACACUUUAGGUAAAGACAAUGAUGAAAACUCAAAGAGGACAAUCACUUCAAAUAACUUAACGACGAUCUUAGCGCCUUUAGAAAAAACUUCACCGUGUGCUUCUAAUGAGUCACUUACUGUAGACCCUACUAGAGACCAUUCCGACGGCAUGUGGAACGAAUCACAAACGACUGUUUUACAAGUGGAUUCAGGUACUGAAAAUGGAACUGUUAUAAGCUCCUCAGAUGUCAGUUCACUAGCUGCGUCGCCAGGAGCUCUGGCACUAUUAACUCCUACAUCGAGAAGAAAACAACUUCUAUUAUUGCAACAUCAACAACGAUCUUCUUUAGAUACUGACGUUUUGGACGAAGAGUUUGAUGCUUCACAGAGCCAAUCACCGACAUCGCCAAGAAACAAAUUAGACACAUCAAGUUCGAGUUCCGCCCAAGCUAGAUCAUCAUUAUCGCCUCCUGCAGUUGUACCUAAUGUUUUACCAAUUACAAAACAACCAACCAUUUCCAAAGCGGUGUCACAGAUAGGUUUACCAAAAUUAAAUCAUACACCUGCUAUUGCCAUUACUCAUCCAAGCGUGGAUUUGGCAGAUGUUCCUUUUAAGAGGACUCCCAGUUUCAUUAACAAAAAACGUGAAAGAGCCCUAAGUCCAUCGAGGAGAAGAGAUUUACAAAAAAAGGCACAGCAGAAAGAACCAAAUGGAACUAUUCCCAAUCAAAUCAUCGAGUCUCCAUCUGAACCAUCUCUAAGUAAGCCGGCGAGUAGUGAAACAAGUUUAGCUAGGACAGAUUCGGGUAAGAUAAAUACCACUGAUGUAUCAGAAAGUACAACAACUACUGAAGACUAUGUGACAGCGAACUCUGAUAGCUCAAAGAAAAGUAAUUGUAAGAAUCAAAAUCAAAAUCCCGAAAACAAAGCACAAGAAGGAUCGUCAUUUGAAAGUGCAUCUAGUUUGUAUUCCUCAACUCGUACUGAUAAUAUUGCUGAAGAUUUAAUUUUACCAAGUUAUUCGCCUCCUCUUCGACUCAAUGACGAUUUCAUAGUGCCAGACUUAUCUUCACCUCCAUUACCAGUACCAGAUAGAAUCCCAAGAGCUUCAGUUGAAAGAAUUGAGGUCAAGGCUGAAAUCACUCCAGAAAAAAUAAAGAGAGAAAAGACUGAGAUUAAAAAUAAGGAGAUCCCUCUAAAGGUUUCAAAAGUAACACGUGUUGCGAUGAGCGGGAAAAGCAGCUCCAGUGGGAGUUACAGCAUAGGAGGUUCCAAUCCUAACGUAACCGAAGAAGUACAAGAAGAGACUCCUACAGAAAAGCUAGCAGAUUUACCAGAAAAAGUAGAAAGUAAACCAAAAGAGGAAAAAGUUAAAACACAUAUGACCGAAAAUGAACAACUAGUACCCAAAAUGAUCGGUUCAUUAUCUGAUGAUGAACGAAGCGUCCAUUACUCCUCAUCCGGAUACUAUGAAAGCCCUGUUGAAGAUGAUGAUGAUGGUGGUUUAACUUAUAAACAUUCUCAAAAGUACCGGUCCACUAGCAGACCAAAACUAUCGCUAAGUGAAGAAAAGAGACGAAAAAAGAAAGCAUUUACUUUGGAAUUCUCAAAAUCGUAUGAUGAUUCCUUAUCUACCUCUCAAGACGAUUGGGGUAGGAAGACGAAAGACCCCGACAGUAUCAGCCAAAAGUCUGAGCGCUCUGCUCUAAAACCGUCGAACACAAAAUUUCCAUUAGAAGAGAAGGCUUCUGAAAUACGUAAAAAGAAAACUCAUUUCGUAGAAAAACCCAAAAGCGUCCAAUCUUCACCUAGAGAAAUGAUUGAAGUAGAAAAAUCUAUUAAGGAUAAGCUAUCAAAAGAAAAAGAAGAAGCCAAGCGACCACCGGAACGAGAACGUUACGUCAAAAGAACUAAGCUGAAACCAAAAAGUCCUACACAAUCUAAAAGUAUUGACAAUCAUAGUUACCAUAGGCCACAACUUUACGAUCGAAGAGAAGGUAUGGGUUCUAACAUGAAAUUGCAUUUUAACAUUCCUACAUCCGAUGACUCUAGUGAGCAAUAUCGUAAAGAGGGUACGAGUAACGGGAAUAUUUCUCCCAGAAAACAUAGAAGAUUGCGUGAUAGUCCUAGAAGAAAAACAGGUGCUAAUUCUAACAAUGCUAAAUCUCCUACAGCCGCUAACAAUCAUUCAGGAUACAGGCCGAGGAGGAAAAGUGGUUCAAACGAAAGCAUAUCAUUACCCGGUAGUUUGCCUAGAAGAAAACAAUCUAUUCCAACAAUACCGUGCUUGAGUUCUUUAGAAGCAGAAGAUAUUGAAACUGCUCGGACUCUUACCAAUGCAGGAUCUAGAUUGACUCCUUUACGUUACAUAAAAAGUCCGACUACUUCACCACGGCAUCAUCGAAAACAAGAAACUAAGUUUGCAAAAGCCGCAUCAGCCGAGUCCUUGCGUUCCGUAUCCCCGGGAUCCGAUUCCGUCUUCUAUUCUGACUAA